AUGGUGGUGCAAGCAGAUGUCAACUUCUACGUUGACGACCUGCUCAUGUCGCUGGACUCAUCAAAUGAAGCAUCAAUGUUAGCGUGUCAGCUUCGAAGACUGUUGGCGUGUGGAGGAUUUCGGUUAACUAAGUGGGCCAGUAAUCACAAAGGAGUGUUGGCUACCACCCCACCGGAGGAGAGGCAAAAUGCACUGAAGGAAAUUGAUCUGAGGCAAGACAAAUUGCCAAUGGAGCGAGCCCUGGGGUGUGAAUGCAGGCGUCGAUUAGGGUGGGACGAACCUUUGUCGGCUGUUAAUCACACGACCUGGAGCACCUGGCUAGGAGAACUGGCCCACCCAGUGAAAUUAAGGGUACCCAGAUGCCUAAAAGCAGCAUGUGCUAAAGAAAUCAUCUCAGCACAGUUGCACACCUUCUGCAAUGCAUCGCAGGCUGCUUACGGUGCAGUGACCUAUCUGAGACUGGUAGACUCUGGCGGAAGUAUCCAGUGCUCUUUUGUGUACGGAUGGGCCAAGCUGGCCCCACUCAAGCAACUAACAAUACCAAGGCUGGAACUUUGUGCAGCUGUCCUGGCAGUGAACGCUGAUCGAACGAUUCGCCGAGAAAUGACCAUGACCAUACACGAAUCUUAUUUUUGGAUGGAUAGCAUGCUAGUCUUGCAGUACAUCUCCAAUUCGAGCAGACGAUUUCAAACGUUUGUAGCCAACAGGAUAGCAGUCAUACAAGAGCUGUCAAGAACUGACCAGUGGAGACAUGACGGCACAUCGCUGAACCCAGCAGAUGAUGCAACUAGGGGAUUACCUGUCCUGGACCUGGUUGCAGGAUCUCGGUGGAUACGAGGUCCUGACUUUCUACUCAGUGUUGAAGAACGGUGGCCAAAGGGAAAGGAACUGCCAGCAGUUCUGAACGACUUACUGGAGGUGAAACGAGAAGUACACCAGAGAUCUGUAGUUGCUCUGGCAGUGAGCGAGCAGUCAAAGUGGUCCCUCGCCAAACUGUGGCUCAGAUACUCAUCAUGGUACCGCUUGGUGGCUUGGAUCUAG